AUGCAGUUCCUCACGCUCGCCGUCGCCGCCCUGGCCUCGCUCGCCCUCGUGGCCGGCGCACCCAUCGAGAAGCGCUCGCAGCGCGGAAAGGCGACGUAUUACUACCAGAACGGUCAGCCUGGCUCGUGCGGCGGCUACGCCGGCGACAACGACCGCGUCGUCGCCAUCUCGAGCAAGUUCAAGAGCGCGCGCAAGUGUGGCGGCAAGCUGAAGAUCACCAACACGAGCAACGGCAAGAGCGUCACCGCUCGCAUCGCCGACACCUGCCCCACCUGCGCCAAGUACGACAUCGACCUCAGCGUCGGCGCCUUCAAGGCCCUCGGCUCCAUGAGCAAGGGCGUGCUCAACGUCGACUGGUACAACAUGUAA